AUGACGCUGAGUGAAAAUUUUCGUACUGGACAGGAAUUAUUUAAUCAAAUAGAAAACAAUAAUCUUUCUUCUUCUGAUACUACUUGUCAGGAUCAAAUAAAAGAUGUAAUAUCGCAUUUUAGCAAAUGUUUAGUGAUGGUCAACCAAUUAAAAUUGUUUAGUUCUAAUGAAACAAUUGAAGAUAUUAAUACUGGUGAUUUAAGAUUUCUUUUGUUAGAGGCAUAUCUUGGAGAUUUAACCGUCAAACUUACUAUUGGUAAUAGAUCUGAAAUAUUGAAUAUAGCAAAGUCACAUCUUGAACAAUUUCUAAGAAACUUGGAAGUACAUAAAAUUCUUAAAGACAUGGAUAGACAAUAUAUCGAAGAUCAGUUUAGCGGAGUUAAAAAAGAUCCUGCUAAAAAACGAGAAGAAAAAAUAGCAAGAUACAAACGGGAAAAAGAGACUAAAGCAAAAGUUGAGAAAUCUAUUGAAUCACUAAUAUUGAUUAAUCAAGAACUUAAUUUAUUAAAUAAUAUGAAAAAAGUCCAAGAGCAAAAAAAUUACAAUGAAUCAUCAACGUCGUCACUAAAUGAUGAUAAUAAAAUUGAAGAAAUUUCAAGAAAUAAUGAAGGGCCGUUAUUAUCAAAAGAAGGAAAGCCACUUAGAUCUUUUAUAAUUACAAAUCAGCGUGAAGAAAUACUUCAAAAAGUUUUUAGGCCAGGUUGGAGAUUACCAACUAUGACAAUUGAUGAAUAUCUUCAAAAAGAAGCUGAAAGAGGAAAUAUCAUAAGUGGUGGAGGGAACAUGCCAGAAAAAAAGGAAAUCGAUGACGAUGAUGAGCAAGCUGUUAACGCCGAAACAUAUAAAGCAAGGGAAUGGGAUGAAUUUAAAGAUGCAAAUCCACGAGGAUCGGGAAAUCAAAUGGGCAAAGGCUAA